CGAGUGGAAAUACCACCGAAGAAGAAGUAGCACGAAAGAUGGCGGAGAAGAGCAGCACAGACCAAACCGGGGAAGCCGACGUGGAUAAAAAUGUUCCUCCUGGAGGAUCUAUGAUGGUGGUCACCGUCAAAACACCAAACGGAAAAGAAGAAAUAACGAUUUCAGAGGAUUCUUCUGUCGCUCAGUUUAAACAGGAGGUGUCCAAAAAGUUCCAGGCCGGUCUGGACCAGCUGGUGUUGAUAUUUGCCGGAAAGAUUCUGAAGGACGGUGACACUUUAAACCAGCAUGGUAUCAAAGAUGGGUUGACUGUUCAUCUUGUUGUCAAGACUGCCCCAAAAUCAGGUAGCAGUUCAUCUCAGGACAGUUCCAGUUCUGCAGCGACUCAGAGUACCAGUGCCACCACCACCAGCACCAGAAGCAGCAGCUCCAGUGCCACUGUGGCAGACACAGCAGGAGGCGGCACGAGUCAGACACCAACACGGCCUGCUAAUGCAAUGAGUGGACUUGGGGGACUCGGUGGACUUGGUGGACUAGGGGGACUUGGUGGGCUCGGUGGAGUGAGUGGACUCGGUGGACUUGGUGGACUCAGUGGACUUGGCGGACUGGGCGGACUUGGUGGACUGGGCGACCUGUCCGGUCUGUUAGGUCAGGGCAUGGGCUCAUCCAACUUCAUGGAGAUGCAGCAACAAGUGCAGAGCCAGCUGAUGUCUGAUCCGCAGAUGCUGUCGCAGGUCAUGGCGAACCCGCUGGUCCAGAACAUGUUGUCCAACCCCGACCUUAUGAGACAGAUGUUUGCAAGCAAUCCACAGAUGCAGCAGCUCAUGGAACAGAACCCGGAGGUCUCCCGCAUGUUUAAUAACCCUGAGCUCAUGAGGCAGAUGCAGAAUCCUGACACACUGUCAAUGUUGACCAACCCCAGAGUCAUGCAGGCCCUCACACAGAUCCAACAGGGCCUGCAGACCUUACAGACAGAAGCCCCGGGAUUCAUGUCCAGAUCUGCUGGCGGUCUCACAGUUCCUCCAGCCACUGGGGGAAGCGUCCCUCCAGUCAACUCUCCGCUCACUGCCACAGCAACACAGCCCAGUCCCUCUCAGCAACAGCUCAUGCAGCAGAUGUUACAGAUGUUUGCAGGCGGCGGCCCAUCACUUCAGACGCCUGAGGUUCGUUUCCAGCAGCAGCUCGACCAGCUCAACGCCAUGGGUUUCAUCAACCGCGAAGCCAACCUGCAGGCCCUUAUCGCUACCGGAGGGGACGUCAACGCCGCCAUUGAGAGACUGCUGGCCUAACCUCACUCAGCUCAUUCUGCAGUUGAGGGGGUUGGAGGACUGGUGGAGUCGGGGACUGGCAUGGGAGAUUUUAAUAAAAACAAACACAGUCCUGAGUCUGACCUGACACCCAGAUAGACUCAAUAGUAUUCUAGUCAUUUUGUAAUCUCUUCUGCUGAUCUGUAACUCGUAGGAAGAAUGAACAGGGAGGUAGAGGGAGAACGUUUCUAUCAGAAUUGGUUUGAUGCGACUGUGAACUGACAUUACGACUCUCACUGCCACGACCACUGAGCUACUCCCAACAGUGCAGCCAGAGAUGAUUUCUGACAUGACAAGGGCUCAUUCACUGGAUGUCUACAUGAUGUUACCAAGAAAUUAACCUCUAGUAGUUACUUAUUUUCCACAUUAUUUAAUUCUAACAGACUGUGUUCAGGUAGAAAGAUGCGGAGGGGUUGUUGCAGUAAGUUGGGUGGUUGUCUUCUACGCUCUCUUUCUGGAGAACCAACUUGUAUUUACAUCUUUGUUUAUUCUUCAUCUUUUUGCCUGGCUGACUGGUAUUUAUUUAUCUCCUCAUUUAAGUUUUCUUACUCUGACAGCUUCUGGACCUGUUCUGUGUCUCCAUCCCAAAAACUGUUCUGAAUCUUGUUGGUAUGACGCUGCUGCCUAAAUGUUUCAAGAGGAGCUGAAAGGAAAGUUUUCAGGUUGUAGGACCAAAACGAUAAUGUGUGUGUGGAUGAGGGUAGGACAGUGUGACAUCGUACGGAGAGAGAUUAGAGAAUUUUCAAAUAGUAGAUAUCACUUUAAUUAAUUAAUUACUAAUAUCAGAUUUUUCAUUCACAGAAUUAGCAGAAUAAUCUAUAAAAUAUUCCAUGAUGGAAGCCCCAGAAUAAAAAUAUCUCCUUAAAAAUAACACAUUUAUAGAAGAUUGUAUUCAUAUCAGCCUCUCCUCGUACAGACCAUGUUGUUAAAGUUGAUUUCCUGUCUACUAACAGUGAAGAAGUAAGUAAACUUGGACCCAUUUGGAUUCUUGCUCUAAACUAUAAAUUGAUCUUGAGUGAUCCUGUGAUUAAUUAACCGUUAUUGUCUCUAAAAGUGAUCACAGAUUUAUCAAACCCUUUCACAAUAACACUGUUAUGAAUUUACAUACAAGCAAUGUAGUGCCCGAACAUCAUGUUGGGUUCUGCAGUAUGUUGUAAGAAGACCUGUGAAAUCUAUUGUUGUAUAUCUGAAUAUUAACAGAUGAGUAGCCAAAAAAAAAAGAAAACUGUUUUUUUAAUCUAAUAAAUUAUUUGCAAUCUGUGUUUCAUCUAUUCCAAAUAUGUGUGAAUGUGAAUAAUUUACGUUGGUUAGGUAUGUAAUAUUUAAUUUAAACCUUGAUCGAAAUCUCCUUUUCACAAAUAUUAUUCAAGGAACUGUAUAGUCUGUAUUGUGCCUUUAUCAAAUGUAAGUUCACAACUCUUAAAUAUUAAAGAGUAAAAUUAUC